AUGCCGCAAGCUAUAGGAAACAAGACCUUGUUUAGAAACGCGUUUCCGAGAUUCCACGGUAAUUCCUCCGUUUUUUCGUGUUCUUCCUUCUUUUUUUCCAGUGACGAUCCUGCUUAAACAUAUUCAUUUAAAUUUAGUUUACGCAUAAAAAAAUCCUGAUAUCAUGGCACCAAUUCCCGAAAGCUUCGUGCAUUUUAAUCCAUCGUAAAACCUAACUGUCGCACUGUAUCUUCUUUCCAGGUAGCGCAUGUGGAGUUAUACAAUGCUCUGUAUUUUUUUCAUUUAAUCCGGAAUUUUGUAUGAUUUUGAUCUGAUACAUUUACGACGAGAUAUUUGCCGCAAUUUCUUGCGAAGAAAGCCAGAUGAUGUCCAGAGUCGUAGAGUUUUAUUGAUGGAUGGUUUCCCGCAAUUUUUUUAAAAUAAAAUGAUAUAAAAAAGAAUCAGAAGACAAAAAGUGCGGAAAUCUGCAGAUCCUAUGUCUGAAAAAAAUCGAGGAUCAUAAAUAAACGUUAUCGGGAAAUCUGUGCAUCCUCUCGAUUACUUAACAGAGGCUAAAUACUUGAUGAUAAUCAUAAUCAUCAUCAUAAUCGUAGUCUGUUGAGGCAAUCUGUAUUUUCUCUGGGGAAAUGUAGAAUGGAUCAUCUCUGAGGAAACAUCCAAGUGCCACUGUUUAUUAUCCUCCAGAUUAGCUGCCAGUCUCACCAUAUUAAUUCGCAUGCAAAAUUAUUUAGCCAACUCAGUCUCACCAUAUUUUUGCCCUUUUUAUCUUAUAUGGGUCGCUGAAUUAGAAAUCUGUGUUGACUUUUAGGCUGAAUUCGAUUAAGUCAACUUCUCAUAUCCCUGAAUCUUGGAGUUCACCUUUUCGCCUUUCCCUGCAGACAGGUUCUUUGUUCCAAGUCAACGCUUGAGACAUCGGCCGGCAUCAGUAGCAUCUUUCUCAUGUUCUCUGCAUCUUUUCGACGCUCCACAGUCCCCACACAGUGAUAAACGCCCAACUCAGGUAGGUGCCAUUCCAUUUCCCUUCAAAUCUUUCUAAUUUUGGCCGUCUUCAUUUAUAUAUACGUCAAGAAAAAUGGUCCUAAUAAUCUAAUAAUCUAGUCGAUAUUAGACCUAAAAAUCUAGUCGAAAUCAUGGACCAGAUUCAAAAAUUGCCAGCAGAUCAGUUUCGAGUCAGAACAAUCCGAUUUCCCAAGAACUUCGGGUUUCUUAUUUAUAUAAUAAAUGAUAAUGCUCUCUGGAGAACAGAUUAGAAAAAAAAGGAUUUCCUGUUGUUGCCAUAAAAAUUACCCAUGCUCAUACAAUAAUCAACGACACAGUGUGAACUUGCUGCGAUUAACUAAUAAUAACGAGCAUUUUAUGUUGAUAUCAUACAGAGAAUAUACCUGCUAUGAAUUUCUCAUGCCCUUACAUUUUAUUUAUCUAGCUCAGUAAUUUAAAAAAGAACAGUAUGAACUUACUAUCAUCCACUAAGCAUUAAUUAUCACAGUGUUACAAAGCCUUCUAGAGAAAAAGAAACUAGAUCAGAGAUGGAAUAUGGCUGCCAUCAGCAUCCCAUGCCGACGGAUUUUAUUUAUUUCACACAGUUAUGAACACAGUGUGAGCCCGUUAACAUUAACCAGAAAAAUUGAGAUCCCUCUUCCUCGGUGGAACAUGAAUCCAGAUCACAGCAGUCGGCAGGAGGAGGUCCUACUUCCAGUCAGACACCUACGUCCUGUUGGAGCCGGGCAAAGGGGAAGAGUUCAUCUCUGAGGAGGAACUGAAGGUGCGGUUGAAGGAUUGGCUGCAGAACUGGCCCGGAAAUAAUCUGCCCCCUGAUUUGGCCAGGUUCAAGACCAUCGACGAUGCCGUUGACCAUCUUGUGAGAUCUGUCUGUGAGCUUGAGAUCGAUGGCGAAGUGGGCACCGUCCAGUGGUACCAAGUUCGACUGGAAUGA